AUGGCCAGACCCCUGGAGCAGGCAAUAGUUGCGGUGAUAUGCACCUUCCAGGAGUAUGCAGGGCGCUGCGGGGACAAGUACAAGCUCAGCCAGUCGGAGCUCAAGGAACUGCUGCAGAAGGAGCUGCCCUCCUGGACCCCGACCGAGUCUCGGGAGUGUGACUACAGCAAGUUCAUGAGCCUUCUGGACACCAACAAGGACUGUGAGGUGGACUUUGCCGAGUUCCUGCGUGCACUCUCCUGCCUCUGUCUCUACUGCCAUGAGUACUUCAAGGACUGUCCUCUGGAGCCCUCCUGCUCCCAGUAGCCUGCAGUGCUGCAGAGGACAGGGCAGGCUCUGCCCAACUGACUCCUACACUCCCUUCCCUGCUCUUUCCCCCACCUGCUUCAAAUGGGACUGCCCAGUUCACACCUGUUAGAGAACCUGGGUGCCCAGCUGGUGAGGCAGC